AUGAGCCUGCUGUCGGCCAUCGACACGAGCGCCGCCUCGGUGUACCAGCCGGCCCAGCUGCUCAACUGGGUCUACCUGUCGCUGCAAGACACGCACCAGGCGAGCGCCUUCGAUGCCUUCCGGCCCGAGCCGCCCGCCGGCACUGCGCCCCCGGAGCUGGCCUUCAGCAAGGGCCGCCCGGAGCAGCUGGGCUCGCCCCUGCACUCCAGCUAUCUCAACAGCUUCUUCCAGCUGCAGCGCGGAGAGGCGCUGAGCAGCAGUGUGUACAAGAGUGCCUCACCCUACGGCUCCCUCAACAACAUCGCUGAUGGCCUUAACUCCCUCACCGAGCACUUCUCUGACCUGACCCUCACCUCUGAGGCACGCAAGCCCAGCAAGCGACCCCCGCCCAACUACCUGUGCCACCUCUGCUUCAACAAAGGACACUACAUCAAGGAUUGCCCCCAGGCACGCCCCAAAGGCGAGGGUCUAACCCCGUACCAGGGCAAAAAGCGCUGCUUCGGAGAAUACAAGUGUCCCAAGUGCAAGAGAAAAUGGAUGAGCGGGAACUCGUGGGCCAACAUGGGGCAGGAGUGCAUCAAGUGCCACAUCAACGUGUACCCACACAAGCAGAGACCCCUGGAGAAGCCCGAUGGCCUGGAUGUGUCCGACCAGAGCAAGGAGCACCCCCAGCACCUCUGCGAGAAGUGCAAAGUCCUGGGCUACUACUGCCGCCGUGUGCAAUGACCCAGCCCCAGCCACCAGCCACAGCCACCUUCCGCCAGCCAGAGAAGACACCACCUCCCCCAUAUUUCUCCAAGUUGCUGAGUGUCUUCACAUGCAUGAGGGUGACCUUGCAGGCCUGCAGAUCUGGGCAAGGGGCUCCUAGGGGUCUUGUCUCAUUUGUGUCGACAAACAGUGUUACUGACAUAGCUGCCCCUCUAGGCCACAGAAAGCAAGCCCUCUGAGGCUCUUUACUGGGGGGCCUAGGAUCUGUGUGGAGGGGACAAAGGUGAGAAGAGGCCAAUCAAUGCACAGGGCCUCAAGAAGCCCUUGGUGCUCCCAUAGGCUCUCCUCCUUGAGAUACCCUUUAGGGUGAGCAGCCUUGUAUUGGCCACAAGUGCACUAAAUUUACUGUGAAUCCCAAA